AUGAACAAGUUUCUCUCAAGUUUGCUUCUGAUGGACAUGUGAGCUGGUUCCUCUUGGCAACAUAAUCUAAGGACGUCAUCUCUAACUCUUUGUCUCAUAUAGACGGUGCUCCUCCCUCAACCCACCGAUCACACCUGUGAUCCUUUGAAUUGGUCGUGGACCAAAAAACAUCUAGUUCUUUUUACAGUUGCAUGGGCCGCAUUGACAGCUGAUGUCACCGCGGCAGCUGGGUCGGCCAUUAUCUUCCCCCAGGCUGCGCAGUGGCACAUCACUCCUGGUCGAGCAAAUGAUCCCAACGCCAUAGCGGUCCUUCUCAAGUAAAGUAUUUCCAAAAGUGAUUAUCUAGCGAAAUACGCUUACAAGUCUGAUAGUGGUAUCGGUGGUCUGAUCUGGGUGCCAGUGAGCUCCAUCUGGGGCCGCGGGCCGGUACUCUUCUGGACAACCGUCUUCGGCUUCGGCUUCCAGAUCGGCAGCGCAUGCUCGACCGAAUACGAAACCUACUACGCUAUGCGAGUCGUCUCAGCCUUGUUCCUCACCAGUGGCCAAGUCAUAUCUAUUGCUUUUCUCAAAGACAUUUUCUUCUUCCACGAACGAGCUCGCAAGAUCGGUCUCUGGGCAGUGCUCUACAUCGCCUCGCCCUAUCUUGGACCCUGUCUCGCCAAUUUCAUAAUUGCGGCGACGCACCACUGGCCACAUGUCUACUGGAUGUGCUCUGGGUGCGCUGGCAUCCAGCUUCUGCUCGUGCUAGCCUUCGCGGACGAGACAUGGUACAAUCGCGAUGUGCCUGAUUCACAACAGCCCGCACGGCCUGGAGGCCUGGGACGAUUAUGGAGACUGGCUGGCGUCUGGGGAUUCCGGCACCAUAGUGGUUACUUCCCUUCGACUGCCUCCGUUUGUAAACGUUUCUUCUCGACAAUCACAAAGCCCGCCUUUUUUCUGAUAUGCUUGUCAUAGUAGGUGUCUAGCUAAGCACGACUUGUAUGAUUAUCGGCUGACUGGUUUUCUAGCUUCCUCUGCUUCGCCUGGGCAAUUGGCAUCAAUAUCUCAACGAACCUCCUACUAGCAACACCUCAAGAAGCUGGCGGCUAUGGCCUAUCUACCACCACGAUUGGCUACGUCUACUUCGUCAAUAUCGGCGGUGUAUUCAUUGGUGAACUUUUCGGCCACUUCUUUAAUGACUACAUGGCACGUCGCUACGUAAAGGGCCAUAAUGGCGUUUUCGAAUCCGAGGUCCGCCUCUGGACUGUCUACGUCUCCGUGGCACUGAUGAUCCCCGCGCUCAUACUCAUUGGCCAGUCUUUGGAGAAUACUCUACCGCUCGUCGCUGUCAUCUUCGGUCUGGGCAUCUUUACGACUGGUGUCAUGAUCAAUUCCGUGGCUGUCACGGCGUACGCGCUGGACUCGUAUCCAACAGUUCCGGCGGAACUUAGUGGAUGGCUAAACUUCGCGAGGACGGUCGGUGGGUUCGCGGUGGGCUAUUUCCAGCAGCCGUGGUCGGAGAGAGUCGGUGCGGAUGCGAGCUUCGGGACGCAGGCUGCAAUCGUGGCAGUUGCAACUAUUCCGGUAAUCGUGGUCCAUCGCUAUGGUGCAGGGAUUAGGCAGAAAUACGGGUCAAUUGGCUAG